AUGAUGCCGUCUUUUGUAUUCAUAUUCCUAUUAGUUUCUUCUCAGCUGGCAACUGCCGCUGAAGAGUACAAAAGUCAAACGACUUAUCCAGAGAGUGCUCCAGCUGCAACAACUCCCCAACCACCGCCGCCACCGCCACCACCAAAACCUGCACCAUACGUCGAACAAUCAGCGCAGCCUCAACAGACUGCUCCACCUCCUCCGCCGGCUCCAUACCCUCAACAAGCUGUACCUGCACCCGCUCCACCACCAGCACCAUAUCCACAACAUGCAGUUCCGGCUCCCGCUCCCCCUCUAGCAUCAUAUCCGCAGAAUGCAGUUCCUGUUCCUGCUCCACCUCCUGCACCAUAUCCACAGCAUGCCGUGCCUGCACCUGCUCCACCUCCAGCUCCCUAUCCGCAACAUGCCGUCCCUGCUCCAGCACCAUACCAACAGCAACCUCCACCACCACCUCCACCACCACACUAUCCACCUCCACCACCACACUAUCCACCUCCACCGCCAGCGCCACAUUCAGCGUAUAUUGAUCAUUCUGCACCGCGACCAGCGUAUAUCGAGCACUCUGCCCCUCCACCACAACCUCAAUAUCCACAGCAACAACCGCCACAGUACCCACAACAGCGGCAACAACAUUCUUAUAAUGCAGGACCCAGAACAUAUCACGAGGAGCCUCAGCCAUAUCCAGCGAAAUUCGAAUACGUUGACUACCCAGCACCUACUACUCGCAGACCUUAUCCGUAUCCAAGUUUCGAAGUUUUGCCACAUCACGAAGAAUAUGAGCCACGAUCAACUCGUCGACCAACAACGACUGAAGAACCAACAACAACGUCUCGUAAACCACGUCCUGGAUGGAAAGGAGACACGGAGUAUAACUAUCCAGAAAGAAACCUUCCUCUUAAAGGAUGUUUUUAUAACAAUCAUGGUUAUGCAUGCUGUAACCUUAAGUUGCAAAACAAAAUGGAAGAGUUGGCAGAUGAACUGUUGAACAAUGGUACCUUCCAUAGAUGCAACGUUCAAAAAUUGGCGAACGACCUUCAGGAUAAAGUGGAAUCAGCAUUCAAAGAAGAUUUCGAGACUGUUGUUGGAUUAUCAGAUUUCGCGGAGCGUAUUCACUUCCGUGAACACUACGUUUGCAAAAUUGAAGUGAACGGAAGAUAUAUGCUCGCAUGGGCUACUCCUGACGAUAUUGGAACUAGAAGAAAGCGGGGUGCAAAUUCCACAUCAGAUGAUAUCCACGAAUACAAUUUCUAGUUUUUCCGUGUAUUUAUUUUUACUAAAGCUGAAAUAAUUUUUUUUUCAUAUUUAGUGAAUUUAAUAUAUUUUUGUGUGUUUGUGUUCAAAUUCCAGCUGGCAAAUGAAUUUAUUGAAAU